UAAGCCAAAACACUGGCAGUGAUCCGAGGAGGAAAGCUAAUUUACUAAAUAAGGUAUCGGAAUGCAAGAUAACACAAUGCUAAACAGUAUAAUUGUAACUGAAGGCAAUCAAUCAAAUAAAAUGAGAGAGGGUGUCCAGAAACCAAAGGCCUUACUCUCAUGCUGAAGGUGAGGCGGCUAGGGAGCAACACGAUGCAGAGACGAGCGGAAAGGAAAAAGGGGCGUCUCGUGACCUGCAAAGAGUUUUCUCUUUCCCUCUGAAAGGAAGGCGGAAACAGAGCAGUGAACAGUCCUCUGGGAUACGUAGUUCUUCUUCUCAUGUGAGACAGGUAUACCCAGAACUGGAGCGAUAACUCUUCAACUCCCAGUGCACUACAUGAUGUUACGAUGUGGAAUACCGGUAGCAAAAAUCAUCAAACCAUGACACUGGGUUGGUGGCCCCCCUGGCCCCUGUGAUGUCAGAAUGCAGUGGCUGUGACUGCCCAUGGCCUCAGCACUCUGCAGCCCCCAGGUGCCUCCCCGCACAGUUGGGCCACUGCUCCUACGGGUGCACAGGCACAGUGUACAGGCCGGAGCAGGACCGUGGGCAGGCGUUGAGGCUUGGCUUUCUGGAGAGCAGCAGCUCUGUUGGCUGAGCGAAGGCAGUUUCUGCUGGUGUGGCUCAGCCCUCUGUUCAGCUGUGAGGCGUUGCGGGUCCCACGGGGCAUCUGUCCUGGGGACACGGGCAGGAGGAGGUGCUGGAGCUGUUGGCACCUCUGAAGACUUUGCAAGAGUUUGCGUGUCUUCCUUGAGCGCAUCCUUCAGGAUUUAGGUUCUGAGGAGCCUCUGGAGGAGAGGGGCAGUGCUGCAAUGGCCAACAGGAGCCAUCUGCAGCAGGAAGGCCCAUUGGAGGCAUCAGAUGACUAUCGCUGCGCCAUCUGCCUGGACAACAUCAGCAACAUGGCGUGCGUGGACCCGUGCUUCCAUCGCUUCUGUUCUGGCUGCAUCCGGCGGUGGGCUACCACAAGAGCUGUUUGCCCACUCUGCAGGCAGCCUAUUGACCGUGUCCUGCACACGGUGAGAGCAGAUGACGACUACCAGGAGUACGUAGUCGGCGGCUCAUCCUCCCGUUGGCAGAGAAGAAGGGCCAGGGAGAGGUCCAGGAGCAGAUCCCCGCUGCGGCAAAGACAGUCCGGGAACAACGGGCUCCCAGUGAGGAGGAACUCCACGGGCAGCGGCCAAGUGUCACGGGCUGAUGCAGCUCCAAGUGCUCCUGCAGCGAGCACUUCUGGGGAGCAAAGCCCACCAAGCACAGCAGAGCGCAUCGUCAGCCCUGGUGAUGGAGCUUCCGUCCGCAUUGGCGCGCUGCAGCUGCCACCUCUACGGAUCCAGCUCCCCAAUCGGAGAGCCCAGUAAGCCUCUGGAUGCUUUUCAGGGCGUGGCUUUUUCCAAACCAAAGAGCAAUCCCGUGCAGGGAAUACUUCCCAGCGUUGUCCCAAGGCCUGGGAAAUCAAGAGGGGAGGACUUCCCAGAGUGUGCAGUGAUUUUGUUUAACGGAAGUGCCGCAACGGGGAAUAUUUCACUCCCUCAGUUCCAGCAGCCUGAGCCCUUCCGUGAUGCUUCUCUACAACGGCAGCCCCACAUCCUCCAUCCCAGGAGCCUGUGGCUGUGGCUGGGAGGCAGAAGGGGGCCGAUCAUCUCCUCACUGACCAGAAAAUUGGGGAUGAUAAUAAUGAUGACGAUUAAAGAAUACAGGAAACAAGUAGCGCACAGCGUAAUUGUUCCCCACUCACCCGAGCGGUGCCCAGCCAGUUCCCGGGCAGCAGACCCUGCCACCAGCAGGUUCAGUUCCCUCCUGCUUUCUUGUGAACCCUCAGCCCCCCUCAGGCAGGGCAAGGGUCCUUGAGUGUGAGCACCUGUUGGCAAGAACUAACACAUCGGGGCCAGAUCAACAGUACUCUCAUCCUAAACGCAAAACGCAGCACCAUGACAGCUGCUGGGAUGAAAGCUAACUCUAUCCCAGCCAAAACCAGGACAGUGCUCUCCCCCCACUCUAUACCAUCUCCAGCAUGCUCAGGUCCCACACUUUCCAAGACAUCCAAAUCACCGUCAGAUUUCCUGUCUUUUGAUAAAAACACAGAGACAGCAUUCCCAUAGCCUAUGGGCCGUCCCUCAGAAAUGUCCGUGCAGUUUGUUUAGCCCAUGGCUUUGAGCUCCGUCUGUCAGACCUGUUCUUCAGGGCAGGAGGGAUGAUACGCAGGGUUGGAUUGUUGCAUGCUGAAGCCAUCGUAAUUCAUUCUUCAUUAUUCGGGGUGAUUCUGGCUUUAAUAAUGUUGAUGAAGCCCGCAACAACUGUAUUAGUGAUGACACGUGGUAUUGUAUAGGGAUUAACAACGUACACUUGAGAUCACUGCCUGCUCUCACUCAACAUCAAAUUCCCUUGGGGUGCACACUGGGCUUCCCCUUCCUGCCGCAUCACCCACCAAGCACACCCAGGUCUUUGAGCAAAAGCAGUCCCACGGAUGGGUUUGCUUUUGCCCAGGGCAGGAGUAACUCAGGCCAUCUUCCCCAGCGUGUUUGUUACGUGCACUCCUUCUGCACUAUUGAAGAGUUUUGCUUGGCCAGUGUCAGCUGGACUAGGAGAUCCUCUAGCGCUGAGUAACCACGUAGCUUUUGCUAAAAGUGUGUCCCAGCUCCCAAUCCUCUCAGUGUAGUCUUUAACAGCUGUACUGUUAGCACUGGAUUUUCUCAGAGGCUGGUGCAUGUAAGGGGAUGUGAUCUACGCACUCAGUACCAUGCUCUUUGGCCCAGGCUGCUUUAUCUUGAAGGCUGUUUUGGAAACGAGCCCCGCUGUCUCAGUUCCUUCUGAGGUGCCACGCCACCGUAAGGCUUGCUGUACAAUGCCCAGAACAGGGUUUCUGGGCAGUGGCACAGCACGCAGGAUAUGAUUCCAGCCGUCCAGUGGUUAGUUGUUUCCGCCAUUGUGUACACCAUCCCUGGUGUAAGCACAUGGCUCUCGCCUCAGCCGGUUUGUUGUUUGCCUGCCAGGCCUCGCCAUAUUUAUAUUUCAGUCAUCAUCCCCCAUACCAGAGAGGCUGCAUCUGCUCAGCUUGCUUGAUUACAGAGCAUGUUUUUCGCGUUCAUGGGUAGCCUGUGUGGUAGCAUCCAGGGUCAAGUCCACGCCUCGACCCCGAGCCCAUCUACAUGCUGCAUUUUCCUCAAUACCCUGAGGUGUCAUGGGCCCACUGAGCCAGAAAUAAUUCACCUGAUGUUGCCAGCCCACACCUACCCAAGCCACCUCAAUCCUUGCAGCCCGAUCCACCUGCUGGUUGUUUUGACGCUCUUCAGUGGCCCACCUCAUGGGCAGGUAAGCGCCUACGUGAUGUCCUUUUACUGCCACUGCUACUACCCGGGCAGCAGUAGCUUUCCUCAGUGCAGCAGCCCAGAUGAGUUUGCCUCUGCACUGCUCUGCUUCCACUGCCUUAGCCGCUGCCACAGGGCAUUUGCCGCUCCCCAGGACUCAGCGUGGACAAAGAGCAUAGGCCACUUUUUCCAUUCAGCAAUGUCCAAAGCCAGAUGGAUGGCCAUGACUUCUGCACAUUGCUGUCGUUCAUCUUCUUAAGCAGCUUCUGUAACACGCUGACGAGGACUCCUCAGCCUCUACAGCUUUUCCACAGUGCGACAAGACCCAUGAGCAAACAGGGGAUAUUGCUUCCCAUUUUCUGUGAGGUUAUGAUAGAGCUGAGCCUGUUCAGCACAGGUCACCGCCUCCUCUGGUGACAUUCCAAAUUCUGUUACAAGGGAUUUCGUGCUACUGGAGCGACCGCAGGGCCUGUCAGAGGGGCAGGAAAAGCUG